AUGAGUUACAGCAAGAAAGAUGAAGAUGCUGACACAGCGAUCAUGCGGGUGGACAGGACGUCCGUAUUCCAGGAAGCUCGACUAUUCAAUUCGUCGCCAAUACAGCCGCGAAGAUGUCGGAUCCUUCUCACGAAGAUUGCCCUCCUCCUUUAUACCGGGGAGAGGUUUCCCUCCAACGAAGCGACGACCCUUUUCUUCGGAAUCUCGAAGCUCUUCCAGAACAAAGAUGCUAGUUUACGCCAGAUGGUCCACUUGAUCAUCAAAGAGCUGGCUCACUGUGCGGAGGAUAUUAUUAUGGUUACAAGCACAAUUAUGAAAGAUACCGGUGGUGGCACAGAUGCGAUAUACAGACCCAAUGCCAUUCGCGCGUUGUGCCGUAUUAUCGAUGGCUCGACCGUGCAAAGUAUUGAGCGUGUCAUGAAGACGGCUAUAGUAGACAAGAACCCAUCCGUUUCCUCAGCCGCAUUGGUCUCAUCAUACCACCUUCUACCGAUUGCGCGCGACGUUGUUCGAAGAUGGCAGAGCGAGACCCAGGAGGCAGCAACGUCUACCAAAUCAUCUAGCGGGUUCUCCCUCGGAUUCUCUACGUCGGCAAGCCAAAUUCCGGUAAAUAACUCCACCAUGACACAGUACCAUGCAAUUGGCCUUCUGUACCAAAUGAGGAUGCACGACAGGAUGGCGUUGGUCAAGAUGGUCCAGCAAUUUGGGACAGCUGGAGCUGUGAAGAAUCCAGCGGCGACCGUCAUGCUUGUUCGUCUAGCGGCGCAGCUCGCAGAAGAGGACCCGCAACUCCGCAAGCCAAUGCUGCAGCUCUUGGACGGCUGGCUCCGACAUAAGAGCGAGAUGGUCAACUUCGAGGCUGCAAAGGCGAUUUGCGACCUGCGAGAUGUCACCGACGCUGAGGUCACCCAGGCCAUUCACGUCCUCCAACUAUUCCUAACUUCCCCACGGGCUGUGACGAAAUUCGCCGCUAUCCGAAUCCUCCAUAACUUCGCAUCCUUUAAACCUCAAGCUGUUCAUUCUUGCAAUCCAGAUAUCGAACUCCUUAUCUCUAAUUCCAACCGCUCCAUCGCAACAUUUGCCAUCACUACUCUCCUGAAGACUGGCAAUGAAGCUAGUGUGGAUCGUUUGAUGAAGCAAAUUUCAGGCUUCAUGGCAGAUAUCACCGAUGAAUUCAAGAUAACAAUCGUUGAAGCUAUACGGACUCUUUGCCUCAAAUUCCCCAGCAAACAAGCUGGUAUGCUGGCAUUUUUGAGCGGCAUAUUACGGGACGAGGGUGGCUAUGAGUUCAAACGUGCCGUUGUAGAAAGCAUGUUCGAUCUGAUCAAGUUUGUUCCCGAAUCCAAGGAGGAUGCUCUUGCCCACUUAUGCGAGUUCAUCGAAGACUGCGAAUUCACAAAGCUGGCGGUCCGUAUUCUUCACCUUCUUGGCUUAGAGGGCCCAAAAACCUCGCAACCCACGAAAUAUAUCCGAUACAUCUAUAACCGUGUCGUACUCGAAAAUGCGAUCAUCCGAGCUGCGGCCGUGACCGCUCUGGCGAAAUUUGGAGUUGGCCAAAAGGACCCCGAAGUCAAGCGCAGCGUCCAGGUGCUUCUCACCCGAUGUCUAGAUGAUGUUGAUGAUGAAGUCCGUGAUCGUGCGGCGCUAAAUUUGAGACUUAUGGACGAGACAGACGAGAUGGCUGAUAGAUUCAUCAAAAAUGAAAACACAUUUGCACUUCCAUAUUUCGAGCACCAGCUCGUCAUGUAUGUCACAGCAGAUGACAAAUCUACCUUUGAGACGCCUUUCGAUAUCUCGGCAAUUCCAGUUGUUACCAAGGAGCAGGCCGAUGCGGAAGACCGAACCAAAAAGCUUACCACGGUCACGCCCACCAUCAAAGCUCCAAAGGCUGGACCAUCCAAGGUCGCUCCAUCAAGCACGGAAGCGGCUGCAUCGGCUACUGCUGCUGCCCAGAAAUACCAACAAGAGCUUCUCCGGAUACCAGAAAUGAAAUCCUAUGGCAGCGUAUUGAAGUCUUCGCCUGUGGUAGAAUUGACGGAAUCCGAAACGGAAUAUGUUGUCAGUGUUGUCAAGCAUAUCUUCAAGGAGCAUAUUGUUCUCCAAUAUGAAGUUAAGAACACGCUCCCAGACACAGUGCUCGAGGACGUAUCUGUUGUUGCCACUCCCACAGAGGAAGAUGAGCUUGAGGAAGAUUUUAUUAUUCCGGCAGCCAAACUCGUCACCGACGAGCCAGGCACCGUAUAUGUUUCUUUCAAGAAGAUCAACGGGGAAACGUCUUUCCCCGGCAGUAGCUUUACGAACGUUUUGAAAUUUAGCACCAAGGAAAUCGACCCGACUACUGGCGAGCCCGAGGAGACUGGAUACGACGACGAAUACCAGGUUGAAGAUCUUGAGCUCACUGGAAGCGAUUAUGUUAUCCCAGCCUUCGCGGGCAACUUUAAUCAUAUAUGGGAGCAAGUUGGUGCGGCGGGCGAUGAGGCGGAGGAGACAUUGCAACUCAGCGGUGUCAAGAGUAUUGCCGAUGCCACCGAACAACUCACCAAAACCCUCUCUUUACAACCCUUGGAAGGUACUGACGUGCCUAUCAACACGACCACUCACACGCUCAAGCUCUUCGGAAAGACUGUCACUGGUGGAAAGGUUGCUGCCAACAUUCGGAUGGCAUAUUCAAGCAAGUCUGGGGUUACAAGUAAGAUCGUGGUUCGCAGUGACGAGGACGGUGUUGCGGCUCUGGUAAUUGAGUCUGUUGCUUAA